AUGACACGAUCCGUUUGGGAUAUAGCUGUUCAGCAGAAUAAGGCCAAACCAGUGCAAUAUAAUACAGAAAAUACAAUCAUUUUUGCUGGAAAUAAAGAGUCGGGAAAAAGUUCAAUUAUUAACCAAUUCCUUGAAAAAGAUGAGACACCAAAGGCAACUCUGGCACUUGACUACACAUUUGGGAGGAAAGGGGCUGGAAACCAUCUGACUAGAGCAGUAUCACAUAUAUGGGAGCUUGGUGGUGGUUUGAAACUUUCAGAUCUAAUUGAUGUCUUAAUCACGCCCAAUAAUAUAUUGAAUCUUCAUCUUAUCCUUGCUAUUGAUUUAUCAAAGCCCACAGAACUGUGGGAUACUGUGGACACUUUGCUAAAGUCAGCAUCUAUUCGCAUAGACCAAAUACUGAAAAGACUUCGCCAGAGAAACAUAACGCAUAUCCAGAACACCUUAAAUGAAAACUUGCAGAAAAGAAUUCCAUCAACACAUCCAGAUGUGCAGCUGUUGAAGCCUUUUCCCUUAUCGCUUACAUUUUUAGGAACAAAAUAUGAUCUCUUCAUGGCUUUAAAUACUGAACAACAGGAUCUGAUUUGCAAGACACUACGUUUUCUCAGUCACUACUAUGGAGCGUCUGUAUAUUUUUCAUCUAUUAAGGAAGGUGAACUGCUCAAAAAAACAAAGGCAAUGCUCAACCACAUUGCGUUCGGUGGCAGGGGGACAUGCAGUGUACAAAUAGAUACAGGAAAGCCAUUGGCUAUCCCCGUUGGUGUGGACUCAUUCUCAAAUAUUGGAACGCCACCAAAUACAGAUAUGGAAAUUGGACGUUUGAUUGCUAAAUCUCCACUUGAAAUGUGGAAAAAUGUUUUCUGCAGUAAAUUUCCUCAGAAGUAUACACCAACCUCAUUGGGUGGUGGUAUAGCGCAUAGUUUAACUGAUGUAUACAAUCCAACCAAAGAUCCUCAAUAUUCUGAACCACUUAUCGAUGCUGCUCGAAAAGCAAAAGAUGAUGAAUUGGAAAGUAAACGCCGUCAAAAUGAACGAAAUAUGUACAACUUAUUACAACAAGUCACAUCAGAAGGUUUACUUAUCGCUUGA